AUGGCGAACUGGACAAGUCUAGCUGAUUUGGGCGCUACACUGACUAAAUUGGCCAAUGAGACCGGCACAGACUAUAAGCCAAAAGUUCCUGCUAAUGGGAUUGGCAUCGGUGUCACUCCUCAGGAACAAGUCUUAAAGUUCUACAAGGAGGAAUCAGACAAGGAUACAUUGGAAACUAAGCCGUGGGUUCGAGAUCCGCACUUUUUCCACACGAUCCAUAUCAGCACAUUGGCCCUGUUGAAGAUGAGUAUCCAUGCUCGGUCGGGAGGAGCCAUUGAGAUCAUGGGGAUGAUGACAGGAAAGGUGUUUGGAGGAGAGCUCGUGGUACUGGAUUGUUAUCCACUUCCUGUGCAGGGAACAGAAAGUCGGGUGAAUCCUUUGAAUGAGGCAUACGAGUUCAUGUUACAAUUUCUAGAACAAAAGAAGAAACAGACAAACCGCAACGAAAAUAUCAUUGGCUGGUACCAUUCGCAUCCUGGAUUUGGGUGCUGGCUUUCAGGGAUCGACGUGCAGACCCAAGAACUAAACCAAGGGUUCCAGGACCCAUAUGUUGCUGUUGUGAUCGACCCUGAGCGGUCGUCUAAACAAGGUUUUAUUGAUAUCGGGGCGUUUCGGACAUACUAUCCUGAACAUCUGACAUCUUUGGAAACGAGACCGCAGAUCCAGCUUUCACAAACGGCCAUCUCGUCGUCGGCUAAACUACGCGACUUUGGUCAUCAUGCCGACAAAUACUACUCUCUGGACGUUCGUGUGUUCCAAUCAGAACGCGAACAGCAGCUGCUGAACCAAAUCGAUUCCAAAUUCUGGUACAAAAACUUGAUGCCCUUACCGGAGCGAGACCAGGAACAAGAAACAGCUAGAAUACAAAAUAUCUGCACAGAAUUCUCACGUCUCAAACCAAUACCAAAAAAGAAUAUCGCUCCUUCAAGUUCGGCUGGUGCAGGGGCACGGCGGGACAGCAAACCGGCCAAGUCGCACGAUCAAGCGUCCAAGAUCGGAGCAAUGCUCAACUCGUUGGCCGUGAGCGAUUGCUGUCAAAGUUUCACUCUUGAGUUUUUCUGGGUCGUCAACGGGUUUUUUCAAAUUGAGCUUGUCGAAGUUGUCCAUCAGGUUCGAAUCGGACGAUCUGCCGUGGAAAAUGAAGUCCUCGUCACCUUCCUCAAAGCUCGAGUCGGACAAUUCGCGGAGCUCGCGCAGUUUCUUGAGUUUGUUCUGGAUAAUAACCUGUCUGAACACCUUGCGCAGCUUGUCCUGGGCGUUGAACCCUUCGCGAAUGUUUCCGAUGAUGUUUGUCUCGUUGACCGGGUUCUGUUUGGCCAAUUGGAUCUGUAUCCAUGGGUGAUUGAGAAGUUCUUGGGCUGUUGGUCUUCGACGGUUGUCAAUGUCCAGACUCUUAAGAAUGAAGUCCUUGGCCUCGUUGGAGAUAUGCUGCCAAUAUUUGUGAUGGAAAACAACAAAGUUGUUGCUUCUGACCUCGUCAAGGAACGCUUCUGGCGACUCGGCUCGGAUAGGCGAGUAUCCACCAAUCAGAAUAAACGUAACUAUACCUAA